AUGAACACUCAUUCGGGAGAUUACGAUAAUGCAAUUAGCAUUGCAGCUGAAUUAUAUACGGCAAAGUCACAUAUUAUUGAUGAUUCUUUUCUAACUUUACCGAAAGUGUCCACUUCACAUAAAGCAAUGUCGCCACCGUUUGAAUGGCUGGUACAUAUUUUGGCGGGAGAUGCCCAAGGGUUGAAAGGGGAAUGGGAAGAAGCAAUGAAAGAAUUCAAUAACGCAAUGCUACUAAAAUCAUGUUUGAAAUACAAUCGUUAUUUGGAAGCUUUAUAUUUCAGAAUUGCCAAUGCACAAAUAGAGAUUAGUAAACGAGUUUCAGAACUUGACACAUCGCUUGAACAUCUAUUACGUACAAAAGAAACGGCAAGCACCGGAUUAAUUCAUUUUAAGAAUUCACAAAUAUUGAAUCAUUUAAAGGGAUCAUCUUUUCUCUUACUCAAAGAACAUAAAUCAGCGCUCGAUUGCUUUUCAGAGUCUGUUCUCAAUUCAACUGUGAGAGCUUGUGAGCAUGCGUUUUAUGAUUCACAAUGGACUCUUGUAAAAUCGAUAAUUGGAAUGGGUUUAGCUUGGCAUGCGUUAAGUGAUUACCCAAAAGCAUUAGAAGCAUACAGGCGAGGCCUGAAACUUAUUGAACAAGCACGCGAUUACAACAAACAAAACAGAAAUUCGCUCCGAGAACAUAUGAUGCACGAAUUUCGCAAUAUAAACCAUGGUGAAAAUUUGAUUGACAAGGCGUUAAAAUGGUGUUGGUGGGCGCGACCUGGAAUUCUUAAAGAACUUCAUCUUCAAAAACUUGAAACCAUCACAUUAUAUAAUAUACGUAUUUUGAAAUAUUAUGAAUCAUUUAACCAAAAGAAUAAUUUUAAUCGCUCAAAUGAUAAUAUAUCUUCGGAUUUUUCUCUCAAAUCACCAUCAUCCAUUUUCGAAUCCAAAACUGCAACUACGCCAAGAAUUCCUAUUGACCCAAAAUCAAUAUUAACACCAACUCACCUAGCAAAAAUACAUCAUCUCGCUGGCUAUUAUCAUCUCUUCAAAAGAAACGACUACCAUGCGGCAUACAAAAAAUUCUUGCAUGCACAGUUUCAGGAUGCUAGUAUUCUGGAAGGUUGGUUGGCUAGGCGAGAUAUUCUUGACAGUGGAUAUCUUCUAAAAGAAGGCGAUUCCUCCAAUAAUAAUCAAAGUAACGAUUUUGAUGAUGAUAUUGAUAUUAAUGGUUCGGAGGUUGAAGAGAAGGACAGGAAAAUGAUAGAGCACGAAUUGCUAACAGAUACUUCACCCGCACAAGGCUCAAUUCGAUUAUCCAUGAUCAAUGAUGUAAUUUCGAAGAUGAUGCGAGACGAGUGGGGUGGUGGUAAUUGUGAAAAGAAACAGGGGGUGAAGGAACGCGUGAUCGAACCUUUUGUCGAAAAUAUUGCUGGUGUUGACCUGAUAUCUUAA